AUGUAUCCAGAGCGAGCAAAACCAAAGAGUGGCGCAGAAAACGGGCGGAAGAAGAGAAAUAAUUCUCUCAAGCCUGCCACUCAACCCCAUACCAACGAUUACACGCAGCACUACGUACAUACAAACAUCUUGCCGCAAAGGUUUGUCAAAAAUUCAGAAAAUCAAGUUGAAGGCUAUCCCAAUCUCCAAAAGCUAUUUCGCCUCAAAGAAAAGCAUGUCGCCAGGCAUGCCACAACCCCUUACGGAUGCAGGAUCAAUAUUGAUGAAAUGGUGCCAACUUUGAAUAGCUGGAUACACAACGACAAGUUAAUAUUUGAUGUUGUUAUGAUUGGCUGCCUGACAGAUAAUCAGUUUAUAUACCCGUUACUGACGUCUCUACCUAUCGACAGGUUAAUAUCUAAGCCUGGCUUCUUGUUUAUCUGGGGAAGCGCACAGAAAAUUAACGAAUUGACUAAGCUUUUGCAGAAUGACACUUGGGCCAAAAAGUUUAGAAAGAGUGAAGAGCUAGUCUUUAUUCCUGUGGACAAAAGUUCACCUUUUUAUCCGGGGCUUGAUAACGACGAUCAAGCACUGUUCGAAAAAAUGCAAUGGCAUUGUUGGAUGUGUAUUACAGGAACUGUUCGAAGGGCUACGGAUGGUCAUUUGAUACAUUGUAAUGUUGACACGGACUUAACGAUCGAAUCGGAUGGUUCGCAGAACAGCGCAAUCCCUGCACAUCUGUACAAAAUUGCCGAAAACUUUUCCACAGCGACAAGAAGACUGCAUAUCAUUCCCGCAAGAACCGGGACUGAAACACCCGUGAGAGUUAGGCCCGGUUGGGUGAUAAUGAGUCCUGAUGUGAUCCUCAACAAUUUUGACAGCGUUAGAUACCAGGAGGACAUCAAUAAGGUUGGGACCCAUCUCCCAAUGAAGAACGAGAUAGAGACCUUGAGGCCCAAGAGUCCUGUUCAAAAAAAGCCCAUGUAG